AACGGGUGUCCUAUCUUUCAAGCCGCCGAUCAAAAAAACAAGAACGAACGAGUGGAUUUCUUCUCCGACACAUCAUCAUUCACCAUCAACCAUUCCGUGUAAAUUUCGGAGUCGCGUACCGAAGCCAGCCAAGAUCGACCAUCUUUAUCAGCUUCCCCUGAAUUUCGCUGGUGUUUGAAUUGAAUUGAAUUGAAUUCCACGCAGUAUUCUUUUCUUCGUUCUAGGGUCUCCUUUUUCUUCUCCUUCAUCUUCAAUGGCAUCCAAUUCCUUUUACGGCGGUGCAGCCCCGUACCGAUCAAGAGAGGGUCUUAGCACGAGACCAGUGGCUAGUUCUGAUGAAAUCCAGUUGCGGAUUGAUCCGAUGCACGCUGAUUUGGACGACGAGAUCACCGGCCUCCGUAGCCAAGUCAAAAAAUUGAGAAACGUUGCUGAAGAGAUAGGGACAGAAGCAAGAUUUCAAACAGAUUUUCUUAAUCAGCUGCAAAUGACAGUGAUCAAAGCUCAAGCAGGGGUCAAGAACAAUCUCAGAAGAUUGAAUAAAAGCAUCAUCCAGAAUGGUUCAAACCAUAUUGUUCAAGUGGUUGUUUUUGCUUUAAUUUGUUUCUUUGUGGUUUACCUUUGGUCCAAGAUGUCUAGAAAAUGAGGACUAGUCCAGUGCUGACCUGCCGCAUCAAAGAACUUCAAUUGGAAGGUUUUUCUGGACCAAUUGAUUUAUACUGGUUCUGUUGUAAAGCCUUUGGCAUGACACAUCUUUGACAUGGUUCUGUAACACUAGCUUAUUACAUGUGAAAAAGGAAAGAAUUUUAGUGGUCA